AUGAACAACGACAAGAUGAACACGCGCGAAUACCGCGAACGCCUCAUCGACGAAGUGAAGAAGAACCCGGUGCUUUAUGACACGCGCCACGAGAACCAUCGCGACAUCGACGUGCGGGACCGUUGCUGGCUCGAGAUCUCCGAGCGCCUUGGGGCUAACUGUGAGGUGUUAAAACGCGAAUGGAAGAUCCUGCGUGAUUCCCUCCGGCAGUCGCUGAAAAAGAGCAACCGAGGCGGCACCACCAAGGCGGGCACGCCAUGCAAGAAGUGGCGCUUUCAGUCUCGCAUGGCUUUCGUGCUGCCCUACAUGACUAUGAGAAGGAACCGACGUGUCAUCAAAGACGACAUCAAGAUGGACGAGUCGGAAUUGCCGUCGGAUCAGGAACUGGAGACGGAGACAUGGGGAGCGGCGGAAGUACCGGAAGAGGGUGGUGAGCACGAGGCCUUGGAGCUGUUCUUCGCGUCAGUGUGCCAGAGCAGCAAGCGGCUUCCGCGGCGGCUACAAGCUACUCUUAAAAGGCAGGUCCUGGACGCUCUGCUGCGUGCCGAAGAGCAGUGCGACGAUAAAGCUCCCCCCCACAAAUGGGACUCAGUCGCGUCUUAG